UCCUCGUAAUAUUUGCAUCUUUCCAGUGUUGGCUCCAGCAGCACCUGGUCCCCUGCAGAGAGCGGUCUUUGUAUCCUCUCGCUGUGCUCCUUUCCAUCUUUCCUUGCAUGCAUCUUUCAAUUGUGGAAGACUUUCUGUGUCUCUUCCACUCACAUGGCUUCAAAUAGUCCAGGCCUUUUACCUAGGUUCACCAUAUUGGCUCCAAAGUUCUUUGUUCCUUUGCUCUUAUUCGCUUCAAAUUUAGGUACCUUUGCAUUCCUCUAUCAUAAGAAUCUACUUUCUGGACCAGACUGAAGGCCUCCCAAUUCAGUACUCUUGACUCCAACAAAGGCCAAGCAGAGUUUUCCCACCCUCAAAACAUUGCUCUUGUGUCCUUCCAACGUCCUGCUUUUCAAAUUAUCCUUCUUCCUCACUCUUCAUCUCCCAUCAGUCCUCUUCCUGAGCCCAAGAAAGUGCAGUGCUGCCCUGUUGCUUGCUCCAAAACAAAAGCAUUGUAACUCUCUUGUGUUUUACCCCUUUGAUAGCAUCAUUAACACCACUCUCACCUCCGGCCAAGGGAGCUACCAGACCACCAUGACUUUGUACCAAGACCCUCAGUACAGCCGGCCCUUCACCCAGAGCCCUAUCCUACUCACUGUCAAUCACAGGGCCUAUGUGGGCAUCAGCAUUUCGGGGGCAGACGCCACCCGCUUUGUACUGACCUUGUCGUCGUGCUGGGCCACACCGGACAAAGACGCCUCCUCCAGCAUUCGGUGGGAUAUCAUCACCAACCAGUGUCCAAACCCUCGAGAUGGCACUGUGGUAGUUGAAAAGGAUGCCGUGUCCCUCACUGGCCAUUUCUCCUUCAGUGUCUUUGCCUUCAUCCCAGAUUUGGAGGAGGUGUACCUGCACUGUCGUAUCCGCCUCUGCAGCUUCCUUACCGCCAGGUGUACCGUGAAUUGUGACAAGCCAGGCCCUGCGAUUGCUGGAAGGAAGCCUCCAUCGGGCAUUGUCUCAGCUGGCCCUUUCUUGAGAUAUGAUGAUUCUCUUGAUCAAGGCAAGACACUUUCCUCUUGGCACAAAGGCUCAGGCACCUGGGCCCUGUCUGGCAUUGCCUGUUCUCACAAACAACGCUAAAAGAAUCUUUCAGUCUCUCCCAUGACUGUGGG